AUGGAAAGCAGAGAGGAGAUGGUGAUGCUGGCAGAGGGAGGUCAGCUUGGCAAGAGCGGCUCUAAUUUGUCGGAAGCCAUCGGGAGCCCCGUGCGAGAACCACCAGGCAAGCCGGGCCACAGAGGUUGUCUGAGUCCAGGAGCUGCACCCUAUUCCCGCGACAGGAGCGAUCUAGCGGCGGAGGAUAGCGCACGGAGAAAUAUGAGCGCCGACGCAAGGCUGGUUGGCACGUCUACCUCCGGAGAGAGGCACCAGGCUGACCAACAUCACAAAGACGGCAGCAGCUCAGACACAGAGUCGGACUUCUAUGAGGAAAUUGAUGUCAGCUGCACGCCUGAAAGCAUGGACUACCCAACAGCUAAAGCAGAUCAGAUUCGCCGGUACCGAACAGCAUUCACGCGAGAGCAGAUAGCACGCCUGGAGAAGGAGUUUUACCGGGAAAACUAUGUGUCCAGGCCGCGGAGAUGCGAACUUGCGGCCGCUUUAAAUCUACCCGAAACCACCAUCAAAGUGUGGUUUCAGAACCGCAGGAUGAAAGACAAACGGCAGCGUCUGGCCAUGACUUGGCCUCACCCCGCCGAUCCGGCCUUCUACACCUACAUGAUGAGCCAUGCGGCUGCCACGGGGAACCUGCCCUACCCCUUUCCAUCGCACCUGCCGCUGCCCUACUACUCUCACCUGGGCGUCGGGGCUGGCUCAGCUCCAGCAGCCGCCCCUUUCUCAACCCCCCUGCGCUCUCUCGAUAGUUUCCGGAUGCUGUCUCAUCCCUACCAGAGGCCCGAGCUCCUGUGCGCCUUCAGACACCCUUCCUUGUACUCAGGUCCCACUCACGGCCUAGGUCCCGGAGGAACUCCGUGCUCCUGCUUGGCGUGUCACUCCAGUCAGUCCAACGCCAUCUCAACAAGGCCUUCCGGCUCGGACUUCGCUUGCUCCCCAACAAGCAGGACUGACGCGUUUGUCACUUUCACGCCUUCAGUGCUCAGCAAAUCCUCAUCUGUGACACUGGACCAGAGGGAAGAAGUGCCCCUGACCAGAUAA